AGUUUAUUUUCAUGUAGAAUAAUGGUUUGCAAAGCGGACAAAGGGUUCCCGCGCGGCCUAGCGGGGAAGCAAGCCCUCAGAGCUGCUUUGGUUUUGGUGCUUGACCCGUUUUCUGUGAGGGGAAACUGGUUCGAAACACUUUCGCUUCACAUCUUAUCUUGUGGCUCCCUGUAAGGAAAUAACAUGGCAGCAAAGGACAGAACAGAAGGGGGGAUUAGGGAAUUCUUGGCACAUGAAAUGAUGGGUCCUCCAAUCCAGCUCACUGAGGCUUUGAAUAUAAGAGAUCUGUCAAAUGAAUCAGGCACACUGUUUGAGGUGGCAGCUGAACCAUCAGAAGACCAUCACCCUCCACUGCAACAAUCAAACUUUUUUGAUGACAUCUCUCUCAUCUCCAGCCUUAGCCUUGGAGGUGGAAUGUUUGAUGAGGAUGAAAGCAAGUUGUCAGAUGCAGGAGAUGAAGAGCCUUUUGAGCAACUAGCAUGUCGGAUGGUGGACAUCUCUGGGGAUGGUGGGGUGCUGAAAAUGGAGGUGAAGGCUGGAGUGGGUGAGUCCAUUCCUGAUGGGGCUAGUGUAACCUUCCAUUAUAAUGCUUUUUUGGAGCACAAUGAUGAACCCUUUGACUCCACUCUGUUACGGGGCCGCCCCGAGAGAAAACUGCUUGAUGAUGGAGGGCUGUUGCCCGGCCUCAACCUAGCAAUCAAAACAAUGAGGUGUAGCGAGACAUCCAGGUUCCUUAUCUGGCCCCAGUAUGCUUUUGGAGAGAAAGGAUGUCCACCCAGGAUCCCAGGGGGUGAGGUACUUCUCUAUGAGAUCCAGCUGGUGAGUGCUGUUGAUCGUGCUGCAGCUGAUUCAUUUGAGGAUCUAGAGGGAGAAAAGCAAAAUAUUACAAGCUUCAAAGAGAAGCUGAAAGCAGCUCAAGCCCACCACCGACAGGGCAAUCAGCAUCACCGCGAAGGAAACCUGCAUGGCGCUAAGAAUUCCUACUGCCGUGCUGCUUGGAUCUUGGAGUAUUGUGCCCUUAAGGACAGAGAGGAGGAGCUAGAAAGGGGCAAUAUCCUGGUCAGACUGAGGAGCAACUUAGCACAGGUUUACCUGGAACUGAAGGACCCAGCUCGUGCCUGUACUCAGUGCAGGAUGGGACUAUCAGUGACUGGAGAACAUUCACAAGAGAUUAUCGCCAAGCUCAAUUUUAGAUUAGGGAAGGCCAAGGGUCUGCUUAAUGACUUCUCAGGAGCUAAAAAAUUCCUACUCCAGGCCCAGCGCCUCAAACCGGGCCGGGAUGAAAUCACAGAAGAGCUGGAGGCUGUAAUCAAGCGUGAAGAAAAGUGGGCUGCUAGAGAGCGGUUCAUGUGCCAGCAGAUGUUUAACUCGAGUGCAACUGCAGAGCGCCAAGGUCAGGCCAGUGGCAAAGCAUCAAAGUCAGUUGAAGAGCCAGGAAAUACUGUUGGAUUGCAAGAUGGAGCCUUCAAACACAACUGGAAAGCUUAAGGCAGCUAUGUAAAGUGAGUUGAUGCAUCUUUCAUAUAAGGGACAUUAUUUUUCAUUUCCAUACAUUGAUCUUUUGCAUGCAAGGCUAAUGGAGAAUUGAUACAUGCAUCAUAUGGAUCCAUGUGAAGAACUGCAGUCUUUUUUUUUUUUUUUUUUUUUUUUUUUUUUUUUUUCAUGCAACAUGAGGAAAUACUUCCAGGUGAUCCUCAAGAUAACUGUAUAAUAGGUUGGCAUUGCUACCUCAUCAUUUAGUUGAGUGCAGAAAGCGACCAAAGCAGACUGUGAUUAAUAGAGUGUACAAAAUGGGAUAUAUACAUGUUUAUGAAUUGAUGCAUGGACUGUGAAGGCAGGAUAAUAGUAAGAAAUAUUUCACUCAUGGUGUGUUUGGAUUUUGGAUCAUUGACAUGAAAUUUUUAAUGAAAACUAAAAAACAUGUAUCCUUCCUUAUAUGUAUUGAUUGGCAGGCAUGCAACAAAAGCUCUAAUGUUGCAGAUAACAAUGGCAUGCCUUAUGAGUAAAUCUUGUUAUUAGAAAUACAUCAAUAAUAUCUUCAAAAUACUUCCAUGUAAUCAUUGUCAUUAUCAUAAGCAUAAUUUUGAAUGGUAGUUUCUAUAUUAGUUACCUGAUAGUUGCUUGUAAAGCAGCACAAACCUUGGUAAAAGUUAGUGUUCUCAGCUCAUAACUGACAAACAUUCUCUCUCUCUCUCUCUCUCUCUCUCUCUCUCUCUCUCUCUCUCUCUCUCUCUCUCUCUCUCUCUCUCUCUCUCUCUCUCUCUCUCUCUCUCUCUCUCUCUCUCUCUCUCUCUCUCUCUGAGUAUCAUUUCAUGUCUUUUUUGGUGAUGCAUAUAAGCAAAAGGAUGUAAUUUUGGCAUUUGAGCUACACACAUUGCAACUAUGAUGGCUUAUAUGCCUUACAUCACAGAUAAAUCCAAGAUAUAAAAACAAUAACAUAAUUUUUUCUAGUUAUUUUAUAAUUUGCAUGAUUUAAUGCAACAUUAUUAUUAUUUAAUCAUGAAAUAUGAAUUCAUAUACAUAAUGUUUUUUAAUUCAUGAAUACAGUAAAUAUUGACUCCUUGAGGUGUUAGAAUUGCUCAGACAUUGUUGGUCAGAAGUUGGCUGACCUACCUGUUGACUUCAAAUUUAUUUAGCAAUUCUGAAGUUAUCCAAAGUGAAAAAAGGAAGAAAAACAGUUUUAUGGACAGAGCAGUUCCUUCUUGGUAAUGUUGCUCAUGCACCAACACUAUCAGCAACCAUCCUAUGCUUCAGAUGUACAUCAGCCAUGGGAAAAUCAUCUCACUGGAGAGGUCCAUUGUGACAAUUUGAAUGUAGGGAUGAAGGAACAAAGAGCUGGAGGAAGGAAGAUGUUUACACCAAUGCCUUCAUUUUGCUUAUAUGUAAACACAGUAUUAGACACAUGUGUUGAGUGUAGAUUUAUAAUAACACCACAUAAACUAUUUUCUUAGGGUAGUUUUUGUACCCUGGUUCAUUAUUUGUUUGGCUUCAAAUAUGUUUGCUUCUGUAAAUUCAAACUAAAAUAUUUUUGUUUAAAAUUUCAAAAAGUUUUUCCUCUGGUAUAAUAAGUCUUUCCUUUAUUAUUUAUGGGUUGAAUUAUGUCGUUCACCAUGCUUUUCCUUUAAAUAAAGGUGUAGAAUAUU